AUGGUCUUCGGCCCCAUCCCCAACCGCGACUACCACGAACGCUUCAUGCGCAAAGCCAUCGAAAUGGCCGAGUUCGCCCUCGCCUCCGACGAAACCCCCGUCGGCUGCGUCUUCGUGCACAACGGCGAAGUCAUAGGCCGUGGAAUCAAUGGCACGAAUGCAUCGCUGAAUGGCACCCGGCACGCAGAAUUCGUCGCCCUCGCCGAAAUCAUCGCGCACCACCCACAAUCCAUCAUCCGCGAGACGGACCUGUACGUCACCGUCGAGCCAUGUAUCAUGUGCGCGUCGGCGCUGCGACAGUACGGGAUCCGGGCCGUGUACUUUGGGUGUCUGAACGACCGCUUCGGCGGGUGCGGCGGCGUCAUGAACAUCCAUGCGGAUCCGGGUGUCGAUGGGAGUUAUCCGGUGUAUGGGGGCUUGUUUCGCGAGGAGGCGAUUAUGUUGUUGAGGCGGUUUUAUGUGCAGGAGAAUGAGAAGGCGCCUGAUCCGAAGCCGAAGAAGAAUCGCGAGCUCAAGACGGAGAUUUUGCCGGUUACUGUCACGCCUGUGCCGGUGUCGCAGAAUGCUACCCCUAUCGAUACGCCGCCGGCGGGCACUCCUGCUGUCGUCGCCACGCCGGUGUUGGGAGCGCAGGAGGUGAAGGUCGCGAAGUGA